UAGAGGAAAAAAUUGCGGCCAAGAUCGGAGCGGUGUGGAUUGAGGGCUGAAAACACUCGGCUGGGCCCCGGAGUGGGACCGUGAAUGGGAGAAGGUAGCCUGGGACUCGCGUGAGGACAGUGGGGCCCCCUCCCCCACUAUCCACACAUACACACACUGGAGCGAGCACUGACAAAACUCUUGCAUACCUCUAUUGGAACAAAUACAUGCCGUGGUGGAGAACUAUGGAAUCGGGUCGACUUAUACUUGGAAAAUUAAGGAUUUUUUGGCCAAAGAUCAGGGGUCAACUUUUACAAAAGAUCGACUAUUAUUCGAGUAUGUGUGACUGUUGAUGAUGACGCGAUGGAUGCUUGAAUGAGGUGACAGCCGUGGGAAGGAGGAACGAUGCCCAAGAGUGGGUGUUCUAAAACACCACAAUCAGAAGAUUACCCACUCAACAUCGAUAUGGUGGAAAAAGAAUCAGGGAAGAAGGAUAAGGAUAAAAUAUCGUGUAACAAGACCCCGAAAUUGGACCGGAAUGAUGGAGGGAAAGAGGUGAAAGAGAAAGCAUCAAAGAGAAAACUGCCUUUCACUAUUGGAGUUAACAGCAUUGAUCAGAAAGACUCAGACACAGAAAAGCAAGGUCCAGAGCGGAAGCGAGUGAAGAAGGAGACUGGAGCCAGAAAGUUUGGAUUGUUUGGGGCAGGAAUAAGAGCGGGCUGUCCACUUUCAGAACGACAACAAGUUGCUUUGCUGAUGCAAAUGACGGCAGAAGAAUCAGCAAACAGUCCAGAUCGUAUGCCAAAGCACCCCUCGCAGUCGAUUCUUGGACAAAAGAGAACACCAAGUUCUGCCUCCAAAACCAAAGACAAAGUAAAUAAAAGAAAUGAACGUGGAGAGACACGACUUCACAGAGCUGCCAUCCGGGGAGAUGCACGGCGGAUAAAAGAACUUAUUAGUGAAGGUGCAGAUGUAAAUGUGAAAGACUUUGCAGGAUGGACUGCACUGCAUGAAGCAUGUAAUAGAGGUUACUAUGAUGUUGCUAAGCAACUCCUAGCAGCAGGUGCUGAAGUCAAUACAAAAGGCUUGGACGAUGACACACCCCUCCAUGAUGCAGCUAAUAAUGGUCACCGCAAGGUAGUGAAGCUGCUGUUGAGAUAUGGAGGGAAUCCUCACCAGAGUAACAGAAAAGGAGAGACACCACUCAAAGUUGCCAAUUCCCCCGCGAUGGUGAAUCUGUUACUGGGAAAGGGUUCCUGCAGCUCCAGUGAUGAGAGCUCAACAGAAACUUCAGAAGAUGAAGAUGCUCCCUCAGUUGCGCCUUCCAGUUCAAUUGAUGGUAAUAACACAGACUCUGAGUUUGAGAAGGGCCUAAGGCACAAAAUCAAGCGACAAGAGUUAUCUAAAACAGUAACACCAGUCAAGGAUGAGUAUGAAUUUGAUGAGGAUGAUGAGGAAGAUAGAAUACCACCUGUUGACGACAAGCAUUUGCUGAAAAAAGAUUAUAGAAAGGACAUAAAAACGAACAAUUGCAUUUCUAUUCCUAAAUUAGAGACAAAAACUUAUUCUAAAAAUUCCCUUCUAACACCAAAGAAAACUCCACGACGUAUUUUAUCUGACACCAACAGUUCUGAUGAAGAGGAUAGAUUAAUAUGCUUCUCUCCUCCUCUUAGCAGGCCUUCAGUGCACUCCAGUCUGCUCAAUACAAGUUCUAAACAAAGAGAGUCACCAGUAAAAAAACAGCAAAAGGAAAAAACAAAAGUGAAAAAAAAAUGGAAAAAAGAGGUGAAAAACAAGGAAGCCAGAUUGGGUAAGGAUGACGAGCAAUUCAAUUCAUCUGCAACAGAAAGUGAGGACUCAGAAAGUGAGGAAGAGGAUAAAGGUUCCAUACAGAGUGGGAUUAGUAUGAAGGACUCUUAUAUGAGCCUGAAAGAAUCAGCAAUGUUCUCUUCAUUAUCUGCAUCCUGUUCUUCCUCUCAAGGGAGCUAUGUGUCAUCAAAGCAUAUUCCCAGUCUUGUAGAACAACAUUCUAAACCUUGGCGAGCUGAUAGUUGGAAAUCAAACAUGUCGCCCGUUUGGUCUGAUGUGAGCUCUUUGUCAGAGUCUGAGAGAACACGACUCACAAGUGAAUCUGACUAUUCUUCAGAAGAUUCAAGUUUAGAGUCUAUUAAGCAAAUGAAAGAGACAAAAGACCAUAAAAAGAAAAAUCUCAUUGAUGGAGAUGUUACAGAAAAGAAAAUGACGGAAGAUAUCUUUAAGAUUUUGAACACUGAUGGAAUAGUUCGAAAGUUUGAUAAGCAGGGCAAAGUUGUGAAAAAGCAUAAAGUGAAACACAAGCACAAAAUGAAAGCCAAGGAAAAAGGGCGAUCACAGAAUACUCUGGCAGGCCCAAAAGCUGAGAGUUUAGAUAUGGAGGAGUCUAAGCAAAACGCAGACAAAUCUGUAAGUCCAGAAAAUGAAAACCUUUCAAUUGACAGAGUAAAAGUAGUUAAACAUGACAAAGAACAACUGAAGAAGGAAGAAAAAGAAAAACUUUUUAAAGUCAAAUCUGAAGAAAAAGAUUGGUUACUUCAAGAUGAUUUAGGGAAAGCCUGUAAAGAAGAAAAGUUAACAAAGAAAAUCAAAGACUCCUCCAAAGAUAACUACAAAUCUGUAAAAGAAGAGAGAGACAAAAUGUCUAAAGUCGAUAAAGAAAAACCCUUUAAAGAGAAAGAAAAAUCUUCUAAAGAAGAAAAGCUUAAAAUCCACAAAGAUGAUAAAAAGAAAAAGGCAAAGGACAAGUGUUCAAAAGGUGAAAAACAUUUAAAACCAGAUAAAGAUAGAAGUCUUAAAGAUGACAAGGAAAAAUUAAAAAAAGAAAAGACUCGUAAAGAGGAGUCAGAUUAUGAGGAUCUGAAAACCAGGAGUCAAUUUGUAGACAAUGAUGAUAGGUUCAGUGUGUCUGAUCAUGAAGAUAAAUGGUUUUCAGAUUUGUCCUCUGAUUCUUCCUUCUAUGAUUUAAAAGAAGAUAAUUGGAGUAUUCCAAUUAAAGACUUUAAGGAACAUAAAGAUGGCGCAGUAGGGAAACUGGUUGUUGAAGCUAUGAAAGAAGAAUGUAAGGAAAAGAAAAAGGAAUCUAAGUUAAAAGAAAAGCGAGAACUAAAUGAAAAGCGCCAUGAUAAAGACAACUUGAGAAAGAAAGAUCAAGAUUAUGUAGAAAAAAGUGCAGAGAAGAAAAAGGACCAGUCUGAUAAAAAUAAGUCAGGGCAUGGCUGUCCUCUGGAAAAAGAGAGAAAAAGAAAGGACUCUACUGAAAGUAUUAAAGACCGAAAAGAUAAAGAUGCCUUUGAAAACAUUAAAGAACGCAAAGAUACCAUUUCUGAAUGCAACAAGGAUAGGAAAGAGCUUAAAGGAAAACCAGAAGAUGCUUCUAAAGGUGAUUCAAGAGAGUUUGGGAGUGAAUGUUUCUUCAAAGAGAAGCCUGAAAGUGAUUUUGCUGGAAGAACAUUGGAAGCAAGGGAGAGACAUUAUUCAGAGAAAGAGAAGGACAAAAAGGAUGGAACCGAAAAGAAGGACAAAUUAAAAUUUGAAAAAUUCAAAGACAAGUCUAAGGAGAAAGUUUCAUUGGAAAUUGAAAAGGAAAAAAUAGAGAAAAGCAUGUUUGAUAAAUUCUUAAAAGACAAAGAUACUGAUAAAGAAAAGCUAUAUAGAGAGUCAGGUAGUUUCAAAGACAAAAGAGAACAAAGGGAAAAGAACAGAGAUCUUUUCAAUCGAGACAAGGAGAGAAAAGUCUCAUCAGAACUGAAUAAAGAGAAGAAAGAGAAAAAUGUAAUGGAAAAACAUACAGAAAAAGAGAAAGAUCUUACAGAAAGAAAGGAGAAAGAAAAAUCAGAUAAACUAAAAGGAACUGAUCUGGAACUAGGAAAAGAAAAGAACUGGCACAGCAUAGCAAAUGACAUCUUCACAGAUGAAAGUGGUGAUGAGCUAGAUUAUUGUGAACUUGGAAGUAAUGGGAUGUGCAGAAGUGACUCACUGCCUGAAAAGGAAGAGAUGAAGGGAGAGAAGGAACUGUUUCCACCUGACAAACACCGAAAAUACUCAGCUGACAAACAACAUUCAGCAGGGAAGCAGAAAGAUAAAGAAUUGAAAGAUAAGAAAAAGGAUAAAAUAUUAACAGACUGUGGGAAAGACAAGAGAGAAAAAAGUUUAUCUGAAAGACAAAAAGAAAAAAAAGACAAAGAACUAGCUGAUAAAUUUAAGGAAAGAAAGGACAGAGUGUCAAUAGAUUUGAACCUAGAAAAGAAAGUCAAGCCAAAGCUUCCAGAAAAGAUAGAAAAGAGAUACUCCAAUGAUGAAAAGGUUAAAGUUAAGGCCAAGGAGAAAACUGACAAAGAGGUUUUAUUAAAAGAAAGAAGGCUUUCAAAAGGAAAUACUAUCGAAGAAGAAAAAAAAUGCCCAGAAAAACUAGAAGAUACAACUUUCAAUGAAUUUAAAGAGGAUUCCAAUGACAAGAACAGUGAAAUUUCAUCUGACAGCUUUACAGAAAGAGCACAUGAUUCCACAAUGUGUGGUUUAAAUGAUGUUUCAAUUGUUGGUCAAGAUAUUGGAGAGGAAGAAUUAAAGGAUUCUCUUUCUAUUCUGUAUACGCAUGAAAAAAUUAAAGAAAAGGAGAGAAACAGGCAUUCGUCAUCUUCAUCAAAAAAAAAUCAUGAGAAAGAUAAAACAAAAAAAGAGAAACGGGAUAAGUCAGAGGAAUUCAAAGAAGCUACUGUUAAAAGGGAAGGUCCACCAUUUGAACGUGAAACCCUGAUGUCUGAUUGUGAUUUUAUAAGUCAUUUUAUGAAAAUUGAGAAAGAAGAUGAAUCAGACAAAAGUGGGGAUGCUAUGUUAAGUGAGAAGAAAGAUAAGAGUGAGUCUGAAAAGGAAUUGUCUAAAAAAUUAGAAAAAGUUGCAAAUACUUUCAUCAGUAUCAAAGAGAAGGAUAAAGACAAAAAAAAGAAAGACAAACAUAAGGACAAAUCAAAAGAUGACAAAGAAAAGCACAAGGAAAAACAUGGAGAAUUGGCCAUGGUCUUCAAACAUUCAAAAGAAGAACAAAGAAAAGACUCUCUCUCAAUAGUUAGAGAGUCAGGUGGGAACAAAGAAAAAACAAAAGAUGACUACUUCAAAAAUAAUGAAAUUAAACAAAAGGAGAAAAUCAAAGAUGGAGCAGAAAAGGACAAAAAUGAAUCAUUUAAGUGUAGAAUGAAUGAAAAUGAUAAAUUAAACCAGCCAAAAGAAGUAUCUCGUAAGGACAGUAGGCCUAAGGAAAAGCUUUUAGUUGAUGGAGACCUGAUGAUGACCAGCUUUGAGCGUAUGCUAAGCCAGAAAGAUCUAGAAAUUGAAGAACGGCACAAAAGGCAUAAGGAAAGAAUGAAACUGAAAGAGAAGCUGAGACACCGAUCAGGAGAUCCCAAGUUAAGGGAAAAAUUUCGAAGUACAGAAGAAAUACGUAGGAAGAACUUUGAUAUGCCAACAAAAAAAGCAGGUUCAAUUGACACUCAACAAAGAGACAAAAAAUUUAGAGAUCAAGGACCAGGUCAAAUUAUGUCACCAGAUACAAAGAUUCAGCCAGUUUCUGGUCUCGAUGCAAAAGAUUGGCUUUCCACUCCUGGACUGAAAGAGAAUUUGCCUGCUUCACCAAGAUCUGAUCAAGACAGGCCCACAGGUGUUCCAAAACUGACUCCAAUGGUUUCUUGUCCAAGUUAUGAGGACUUGCUGCCUGCACCCCAUACACCUAACUGUGUGAAUGAAGAUUUUACUGAUCUAUUUGAAGGAAUAGAGCCCCAGAAUUCAGUGACCAUGUCCACAAUAUCCAUGAAUGCCUGCUCCCCUUCCUUUUUUGAUAGAUUUAUCAAUGUCCCCACUAGUGUUCAUGAGAAUCCAAAUCCAGCUAGCAUUGUUCCUGUUCCUGGCCUCUAUCGAUCAGUAUCGAUGGAUUCCAGGAGAUCACUAGAAGAAGAAUUUAACAUUAAUUCUGAGAAAUUCUAUAGGCAACAGAGUGUGCCAGCUUCAGCAGAUUAUGAUGCCUCCAUCCCUCAGCCGAUGGAGGAGAAAUCAGUUGUUCAGUCUGAGGGGUUCUCUGGCUUGUCACCAUCAUAUGUUUCACCCGAGUAUGGGAUUUCCUCACCACAUUUGGAACAGUCCCAUCCUAGAAUGGCCAAGUCAUUUACAGAAAAUCUUAACCCUUCACCUGAAAGUGUACUUAAUCAUUUGCAGACAAAAUCUUCACCAUCACAUAAAUUUGAUCAACUGGAGCAGUCUUUAGAUAGCUUAGUUACUGAUUUUGGUUUGCCAUUAGAUUCUUCGGAGCAGCAACCAAAAUCUCCUUUGACUUCUCCUAAUUCAACUUUAAAUGCCAACCUUCUGUCUAUUUCUGGAGACCCAUUUGCUCCUAAUGAUUCAGCCCAGAAUAAACUAAGCCAUCCAUCUUCUCCACACAGACCAUGUGAACAGCUAAGUCUGAGCCCUGUGGAUAAUUCAUUGGAUCAUUCAGUGAAUUGGUCAAUGGGCUCUGAGUUGCAGCUGAAGCCAUCUCAAAUAUCUCUUUGUGAACCUUCCAAGCCCCUUUGUUGUUCAGAGACCAUGCAUACUGCGGUGAUGCCAUUUGUUUCCUCUCUUUCCUCCCCUUUUCCUGAAUCCCCUGUCCAGUGCUCAAUGUCAACCCCUGACUUGGGGCAAGAUGGAGACAGAGGUGAUAUGACAGGAGUGGACCAAAGGGAAGAGUCGGCAGCUUUAGAUGAUGCUAUCACAUAUAUGUCUCCAGUUAGAACAAAUUCACCAUGUGAUUCUUGCAAGCCACUUCCUGAUAAAUGUGCUAAUAAUGUGCCUCCAGAAACACAACAUUUAGCUGUGGAAAGCCAGCAGGAACCAAUGAAGUCAGAAAAAUGUGCUCAGCUACAGCAGAAUAUUCCUUCUGAAGACCAGGAAGAAUCCUUAUGGAAUGAUCCUUUUCCAAAUUCCAUAGAUGAUCUUGAUCUGGGACCAUUUUCACUUCCAAUGCUGCCAUUACAAGACAAAGAAGACCCAGUCAUUGAAAUGACAGAGCCCAAAACUGAAGAAAUUGCUAAGAUACAUGACACAAAUAAUUCUGCAGCUAUGAAUACUCAUUCUGAAGUUAUAGAUUAUCCAUCAGGGGAAGAACAUGAAGCUAUUAGUGAGAUUCUAAAGAUGGAGCCAACACUAGUAGAGGAUAAAAUUGAGGAUAGUGUCAGUAACACAACAGUAGAAAAGACUUCAGUAAAAGUUGAAGAUAUUGGAGAAAAUAAUAUUCAGCCGCUUUCAAUGCAGCCUAUUGAACCAGAUAUAGAAUUUGAAGAUAAAGCUGUGGAUGUUGCUCCAAGUUCUUUGGAAAAUGGCACAAUUUUCAAAGUACCAGAAGUUACAGAGGCAACAGUUAAACCAGUAAUUGAGGCAUCAAAACCAACCAAAGCAGAAGAGAUUCCUCAAAGAAUCACAAGGAACCGAGCACAAAUGUUGGCUAAUCAGAGCAAGCAAAAUAAUGCUGCCUCUUUAGAGAAGGAUACUGCUCCAGCUCAAUUAGGAAAAGCAAAAGGACGAGUAGCGGAUGAAGAUGAUGCACAGGCGCAGCAUCCACGCAAGCGAAAAAUCCCUCGUGCAAGUCAUCAACCAAUGAUUCUUAACCCAUCAGCGCAGCAAACUCGAGAAAUAAUCCAACAAACAUUGGCUGCUAUUGUUGAUGCAAUUAAAUUAGAUGAGAUUGAGCCAUAUCAUAGUGACCGAUCAAACCCCUACUUUGAAUACCUUCAAAUUCGUAAAAAGAUUGAAGAAAAGCGUAAAAUCCUGUGCUGUAUUAUCCCACAAGCACCUCAGUGCUAUGCUGAAUAUGUCACAUAUACUGGUUCCUAUUUGCUGGAUGGAAAGCCUCUCAGCAAACUCCAUAUCCCAGUGAUUGCGCCACCUCCAUCCUUGUGUGAGCCAUUGAAGGAACUUUUCAGGCAUCAGGAAGCUGUGCGUGGGAAACUGCGUCUUCAACAUAGCAUUGAACGGGAGAAGCUAGUAGUUUCAUGUGAGCAAGAAAUUCUACGAGUACACUGUCGAGCAGCAAGAACAAUAGCAAACCAAGCAGUACCAUUCAGUGCCUGCACGAUGUUGCUUGACUCUGAGGUUUACAACAUGCCAUCAGAAAAUCAGGGGGAUGAAAAUAAGACAUCAGUGAGGGAUCGAUUUAAUGCUCGGCAAUUUAUUUCAUGGCUACAGGAUGUAGAUGAUAAAUAUGAUAGAAUGAAGACGUGCUUAUUAAUGCGCCAGCAGCAUGAAGCAGCUGCAUUGAAUGCAGUCCAGCGAAUGGAAUGGCAGCUAAAAGUGCAGGAGCUUGACCCAGCCGGACACAAGUCCCUGUGUGUCAGCGAGGUCCCUUCCUUCUAUGUGCCAAUGGUUGAUGUGAAUGAUGACUUUGUGCUUCUGCCAGCAUGACAGUGUUAACAUGUGGUUGAUAACCAUUUGUGGCACAAAGUGGGAUACUUCCCAAAGGAACAUUAGUUCAAGUUUUUUUUUUCUUAAAUCCUUAAGUGCUGCUUGCUAAUGAUUCCCUAUUUCAUGAGGAGGAAGCAUCAUUUAAACUAUAUUGCACUUUUCACAGAUUUUAGAUAUCACUUCUGCAGGGAAGAAGAAUGUCAAGACAGGUCAGUGGUUCAGAUGUAAAGAAACUUGAGCAAUUCAGCCUGCAUACUAAACAGGAAAGUAGCAGGCUAAAAGUUGUAUACUCAUGUUGAAGUGCAGAACAGUAGGACUCAGCAUGAUGUGAUUGCUGGCAUACCAGUGAUCUUGAUCACAUACUUUUUCGCAGGACAAAGACAAUGAACGUUUAGUAAUAUACGUUGAAGUUAUCAUAAUUUCAGCCUCAUUAUAAAGAACUGUGGGGUGGGGUGGCGGUGGGGAGGAGUAGCAGUUUUGCAUAUCUCUUUAAGGCUAGACAGGCUGGUUGGUUGAUGAAAUUUGCACAAAAAUGUCAGAUUUAAACUUCAUUCAUCAAAGCAAAGGUCAGAAGUCAAAGUAAGACCUUUUAACUGCAUUCUGAAUUAAGUUAUAGAUUUAAGGAGAGGUAAGAUCUUGGAGCUUGCAGUCACAAUCAUUUUAUUUCAAAAAAGAAAGAAGUGUUGCCUCUUCAGUCAUCUAGUAACUUCCCAUGAUGUCCUUAUCGUGCACUCAAGUCCACAAUUGGUCUUGUUGGCUGCAAUUCUGUUACUCCUGUGAACAAAAGUAACUUGAGGCAAGAAGCCCUGUUGAAGAAGCAGUUUUACUGUUAGGCUACUGAGUAUGCUUUAUUUCUUCCCCACCUACCACCCCAUUUUAAUUCUUGGGCAUUCAUUGCUUCUCUAGCAGAGAGCAUCACUUGACACUACAGAGCCAAUACUAAACAGUUUUAAAAAUGUAUCCCUUAAAUGCUGUACAGUUUUUAUAUACAUUAACCAGUAUGCUAUGAUGGCAAUGGCUGCGUUUAGAUAAUUUAUUUUGCCACACAUUACUGCACAGUUGUAAAUAACUCCUCAUACUAUAAUAUCACUUUUCAGAGCUAAGUGUAAAAAAGAAAAAAUCCUCAGUAUGUACAGUUUUUUUUUGAGAUGGCACUUUCAUUUCAGCUUGGAAAAUGGGCCAAAAAAGUUGAAAUGCUCAUUGUUUUACUGCUAAACAUUUGGAAAGUCACAUCUUUGCAAUGGAAUAGCUUUUUGUUAUGGUGCAACAAAGUUCAUUUGGUUAUUCAAAAAUUUUACACUAAGUUGCUAGCAUGGAGUAGCCCCUUUGACUUUAUUAUUAAACUGUGUAGUUUCUUUUGCUAGAUGUUUACAUGUUUACAUAAAGGUAAAACUACUGCACAGUAACUUUAAAAGGAAGCACUGAUUCUGAUUCAACAGAUAAAAAUUAGUUUGAGGACAAAUGCCACAUUAGUCAUCCAGUGUAAAUUGAGCAUUGGGUAUUUGAAAUGUUGUUUCUGCCUUGAGGCAUAUGCAUAUCCAGCAACAAAUUUAUCACUCAGUAUUUACACUAUUUGCAUUUUUAUUUUAUACAAUUUAAGAACAGAGUUUGUUCAGUCAGGAAGGUACUGAUCCUUAGUAAAAUGCUAUGUCCAGAACUAAGGAAUAUUAUGCUUUUGUACCAAUAAGUUUUAUUAAGCUACAGCAAUAUCACAAAGAAGGAGCACUAUUCCACAAAUUUAGUUCCUGUGUACAAAACUCUUCGUAAAGGAAGAUAACCAUUCCAAAAAGACAUAGUGUAUCCUUGUGUCUGCUUGCAUAUACUGGAUUUCAAAUAUUUGACAUAAUUUAGAACACCUGAAGAAAAAACAAAUUUCCUCACAUUAUUGGAUUUCAGUGGAAACAGAAUCUGCUUUUGACUCUGGGCAAGUGACUUGCCACUCAGAUCUCCAGAAAAACCUGCAUUUUUAAACAGUCUAUGAAUUAAUACAAAUGACACUUCCCAGGCCAUAAAUUUUAACUACAUGUACAAGUACAAAUUGGUUAAAAAAGCAAGCUCAGGACUGCAGUCCAAAGGCAUUUUGCAAUGUAGAAAGUGGUCAAUAUCUGGAAUUGUCUUGAGUUGCAUAGUGGCAGCAAAAAUCUCUGAAUGCUCUUCUGGGGAGAUCAGUAGACAUCUGUGAAGGCAUGUGAUCUUUUAAGUGUAUAGAUGUGCAGGAUUUGUUGAAGGAUAUUGUGUGUAUCAAAUCCCUUUCCCUAUUUAUAGAUUUGUAAUGGACUUUAUAAUUUUUCUAACCCCACUGAGUCCAAACUUAGGAAUGCUUUUUUGUCAGCUGAAUUGUGAGCCACCAUAUGUUGGCUUUGUUUUACAAUGAAGCUGAACAUUUUAAGAUUAAAGUUAAAAAGGGGAAAUCAUAUAUCCAAUAUGCAGUUCGAAAAACAGCCCAAUGUUAUUCACUCCAUAAGUACUAAACAACAGUGUAAUGUAGAACAACAAGAAGCAGAUAUCUGUUCUGUCCUCCAGUAAGUUCACCACUGCUGCUGCAGCAACUGCUAUUUAGUUGCUGCUGGUUGUUUUAUUUCAGUGGCAUUUUAAUUAUCAUAAUCUUAGUUUUUAAUUAGGUGAGCUAACAUUAUAAUCAGUGAGUUCAGUGAUUAUUUUUAAAUUGCUGCAGAAAUAUACUUAAUACACCAGUUAUCAAAUAUUUAAAUCAAAACAUACAUUUUUAAAUCAAUAAAAAUGUUAAUGAAGAUUUCUAUCAAAUUAUUUUAACUUAUUCAGAAUAAAAUAAAGUGAAAGGCAGAUAAUUGCAACACUGUUAUCUAUUAUAUUUCAUUCAUGUUUGUAAAUCACUGCAGUUUAUCUUCAUAUCCAAUUGUGCAGCAGAUGCAGUCCUUAAAGAUGCCCACAUCGUGGCGAUGUGCAGAAAUAGUAUUUUAAAGGCAACCUUGUUUGCGUAGCAAAGGUUUUUACAUUAAUGGAAAAACUGAGAAUUGGUUUAUGCUCUGCAAGCUGGCUUUUUGGUAGUACAUAAAUCCAACCCUUUUAGGUUUACUAAGGGCAUUAUCUUAUUUCUUAAUAAAAAUAGAACUUAUGUAUUUUGAACUACCUGAUUACUAUGAUGGCUCAUUGGUAAUAUUAAAUUGUUUUUUUCUGAGUAUACAUACUUAUACAGAAUGUCCUUCAGUUAGUGCCUGGAAAUAACUGAAAUUUUAUCUGUGUAAUUAUUGAGUAGAAAAAUGGAUAUAAAAGCUCAGCAAAAGAAAUAUUUCUGAUUGUUUACACUAACCUCUGAGUGUCCAAUUCCUAUUCUGUACUGUAUUUUGAUUAGUUGUACUCUUUUCUUUUUGGAAAGUUAAUGUAUUGUAAAUCAGGCAUAUGUUAUCUCUGUAAUGUUAGCAGUUGAACUGCGUGCAUUGUAUACCACUUUUAGCAACUGGAUUUCUUGAACGUAGGGCUCAAACAGUACAGCAGGCACAUCCAUAUUUAAAUACUGACACUGACGAUUUACUAAAAUAGCUUUGUAACAAUGGGAUACAGUACAUUGAGUUUGCUAAACUUCAGCUAGUAUUUGAGCUAUGACAUUCCCUUAAUUUCUGAAGCCUUAUCCUCUCCUCCCACCGCCAGAAAAUUCACCUGUCUGAAUGUAAAAUCUCCUUUUUGUUGACCAGUCGACAGGUUAUUCUUGAAAGUAUAAUUUAAUCUGGCAAGGGUAGUUUAAUAUUUCCACAUUCAGUUUGGUAGUACCCCUUCUCCAGAUUAUCUUUUACCUUUUGAGGAGUUAAGUAGGUCAGUAUUUUCAUCCCUAAAUCUGUGUGGGAUUUAGCAGUUUAUGGUGCCUAAAAUAUAACUAUUUUCUUUGCACCAUAUCCAUUUCAUGCUCCCAUUUCUUUAAGAUUCUAUUCUCUUUGGCUAAGUACUGACAAAAGUUACAUGAACCUUUCAAAUUGAUUCCAGCAAUAGCUAUUACUUUUGCACAACCAGCGAAGGCUGCAACAUAAGAUAUAAUGGUCCACUGUUCUUGUGCUGCUUUAAUGUUCUUUCCUUUGUUUAUCUAUACAAACUGAAUUUUUUAUAACUUACCCUCCCCUUUACUGUCUAACUGAAGUGAACUGUAUUCCAUUUUUGUAUUGACUAACAAUUGUGACAUUCUUAAAUCUGCAGUCUUGAAUGUCAUUGGUUUGUGACUAUCUAGCAUCAGAUAUUGCAUGUAAUGUCACAUUGCUUGUAUGGAAUGUAUAAUGUCACUAUCACAAUAUAUUGGGCACGGAAUGAGAAUGAUACUAAAUAACAAUGAGUAAUGUCAAUUGGAACAUUCUUUGCUAAUUAAAAAAUUGUUUGAGCCCUACAUUAUCUCUAAAAAUAAUAUCCUUCAUAAAGCAUGGAAAAUUGUUCCUAGCAGAGAUGUGCAAAAAGCUUGUACUUCCUUUAUUGGUCACUCAGUUUUGAAUUAUGGGUCUCUGUCACAGUACUGCCCUUAUAGCUCUUCCUAAUACAAAAGGCAAAAGCAUCCUACCAAUUUUUAAAAAAAUAAUGCUACUUUAUGAUGAAAGAUAAAAUUCAAAACAUCAUUAUCUUACUAGGACAAGACUAAUUAGAUUUUCUUUAUUUACCAGCUUAAUUUUGCCUAAAAUUAUUAGCUUGCCCCCACCUUAUGAUACACUCUAUCACCUUAAAUGAAUAUUGGUAUCUUACCUAGUAUUGUGAAUCAAUGCCGAGCUGCAAUUUAAAAACCAAUGACAUGUAAAUACACAACAUACAUACUUUUGUUUUAUUAUGUUUUAUUGUGGAAUCAUUCAGAUUUUCUUUCCAUUUGUUCCAAAUACAGUUCUUGUGGUUGCAUAAGCAUCAGUAAUAGACUGCAGAGCAGUUCUGUAAUAAUUCUUGUCUGUUGCAAGAUGAUAUAAAGGAAGGAACUAGGGCAAAAAGAAUUUGAGUUAAAACUAGUUUCAAAACCAGCUAAUAUGUAUAAGAUAGUAAUAUCAGCUGCUGAAGAUGGCUGGACAGCUAUAAAAAUAUUUUCUUUAAAAAAAAAUACAAAAUUUGAAUAUUCUGUUUGUUUAGCUUCUCAAAGAUGGGACUUGAUUUCAAGCUUAAAGAACACUACGAGCACGCUAGGAAACUUUAAAAAACACAGCACUGUAUCAAUCACCCAGGCUAAAAUUUUAAGGUGACCAACAAAGAUAGCCCGAAAAUUUUGCACACCUCUGGUUAAUAGGACGAUGAACCUUUUUCUUUUUCUGACACCUGUGGUAUAUGGAUUGAAGUCUCAGAUGUGUAAAUGUUCUUGCAUCUGUAUGAGACAUUGUACAUAACUGUAAAUAACACAUAGGUUCACACCCUCCUCUUUGUAAUAGUAAACUGUGUAGAAUGUUUUUUUCCCAAAAAAAAGUGGCAAACAUGCCAUCAGUGAUGUAAUGAUGUAAUUUUUUUGUACAAUGUAGGUUAAUUGUGUACAUAUUGUUUGGCAGUGUGCCGCUGCAGUACUGUCACUGGCUGUAUGAGUUCCUGCAAAACAAAGGUUAUUUUCUACAGUUGCAUGUACAGAGAGAAGAGAGAUGCUGUUGUCCCUCAAAAAUUAUGUUCGUAAAUAAAUGAAAAGAAAUCA